AUGCCGCCCAAGCCCAUGGUCCUCCUGGCCAAAAAGGGCGCCAACCACCACGCCGACUCGUCUGCUCACCCGCCGCAGCAUUCACAGCACUCGGCCAAGCAGAACCACCAGCCCAAGAACGCUCCCCGUCUGAAGCUCCUCGUGCGCCGACUGCCUCCUGCUCUGACCAAGGACGAGUUCUUGGCCACGCUCGGUGAAGAGUGGAAGAUUCCUAGCAACAAGAUCGACUGGCUGGACUAUCGUUGCGGAAAGACAAAGGCUCCCGGAAAGCUGUCUCUACAGUCCCGCGCAUACCUUCGCUUGACCAACGAGCAACACAUCAAGCCUUUCGAAGCUCACUUUUUGCAGCUCGCCUUCCACGAUGCAAAGGGCUCGCACAAGGACCCUCAGCUCAAGCAGCUCUUGCCCUCGUUGACUUUCGCUCCUAAUCAGCGCAUCCCUACCGUGAAGCAACGCCAGGACGCUCGCCAAGGCACAAUCGACCAGGAUCCAGAGUUCAUUGCCUUCCUCGAGCGCGAGACUCAGCCCGUCACCAAGCCUCUUUCCCUCGAUCAGGCUCUAGCCCAGGAAAAGCCAAAGGACAAGGUCUCUUCCACCCCUCUACUGGACGACUUGCGUGAGAAGAAGCAGAACAAGGCAAGGGCGAACCAGAAGCACAAGGAAGAGAAGCAGUCGGACAAGCCUUCGGCUAGAGGCCGUGACCACAAGUCUGACGCCAAACUGCCCGUCAAGGUGCUCGCAAAGGACAAGAAGAACCAGCCUGCUCAGCCUGCCGCUCCGACUCCACCAGCUGCUGCCGCUCCUGCUUCUGGUCGUAAACGCGAUCGCGCCGCUCCCAACAACACCAUCAAGUCUAUGCUGCAGAGGGAUCUUGGUCUCAAUCCUUCUACCAAACGUGGCGGAAAGGACGCUUCGCCGGCAAAUGCUUCCAAGACCGCAUCUCCUGCUCCUGCCGCAGAGCCUGCUACCAAUCCUGCUACUACUCCGGCUAAGCCAGCCAAGACAAGAGCUAGUCGUAACAAAGAAAAGGCAGCCGCCCAACCCACAGCCCAGGAGAACGCAAAGCCCGCAGCACCUGCUCCAACCGGUAUCCUGAAGAAACCAGCUCAGCAAGCAACUCCCAAAGCCCCAAAAGCCGCCAAAGGAAACAACGCUCCCACUCCCACUACCCCAGCACCAACCUCAACUCCCGCUUCUGCCCCUAAGCAACCUAAGAACUCAAACACAAACAAUCCCAGCACCACAAAAGCCUACCUCAAACACGCAAACGCCUCUCAAGGCGUCACCGAACCCCUCCUCCUCGCCGCUUUGUCUUCAUUUGGCACCGUCGUGAAAGUCGAGAUUGACAAGCGUAAAGGCACCGCCCUCGCCGAAUUCAAGGAUAACGAAGGCUUGAAGGCUGCAAUGGCAAAGAAAAGCGUUGCUGUUGCCCAGGGUGCUGUUGAGGUGCUAGAGUAUAGGGACAAGCAGGCUCAGGGUGGUAGGAACGCGCAAAGCAGCAAUGGAGGCAGAGGUGCACAGGGCAAUGCAUCUAACAGAGGCAGAGGAGGACGUGCUAGAGGAGGCGGCGCUGCCGCCGCCGCUGCUGGUAACGCCACCCCUGCUGCGACUGCUACCAAUGGUAAUGGACAAGCUGUCGCUGCAAAUGGCAACAAAGGCGAUGCUACAUGA